AUGUCGCCCAGAGCGCACUCAAAUCCAGCAACAACCAGAAGUACUUCUCAGCCUUAUGCCCGACGUCCUUCUGGCCAGCCUAAAUCUUCACGCCAGCAGUUUUCUGCUUGUGGAGCAUGUAGAAUGAGGAGAGUACGUUGUGAUUUGAAGGACAUCUCUAUACCAGUAACUGGCCCGCAUCCUGCUUGCUCGAAUUGCAAGGAACGAGGUCUGAAAUGCGUUGACGAAUUUGCGGACGUCAAAGCUGUCAAGCUUCUUCGCCGUGGCAGACGCCUACAGCAAGUCGAAGCAAUCUACGGGAAAGAAGCGAACCAAAACUCAUCCAGCUCCUCGUAUCUUGGCCUUCCUACACGUAUACCCAGCACCAUUCCUCCUUUGCAUUCAGAUUUUUUUGACUCUUCAUUUUGGCAAUGGUUCAGCCUACAACGUCCGAUUCUCGAUGGUGCCGAGUUCUCGGCGCGUUUCUGUGCCCACGCAAAAGGAGCAGAUUCUUUAGGCUACGAGGGUAGUCUUCUUGCAAUGGUAUUGGUCGUCUGGGCCGCUUCAUUUGGUCUCGACGAACGUGGAAUGGAUAUGAUUCCCACCGUUAGAUCGAAGCCCAACGAACCUGACCCAUCUGCGGUAGAUGAGAUAAAUGUUCGUCGAGUAAGGAAAGAGAGAUCCGAAGCCAUGCUUAGAGAGGUCCUUGAGCUAGUCGAUAUCCAUGCGAUCAUGCGACGGCCCACCUGGGAUGGCGUCAAAGUUUUAAUGCUUAUCUUGCCUCUUCUUGAAGAUGAACAUCCUUUGGACAGAUUAACGAUGCACGAGGCAAGCCUCUCACAAGCUCACUCACUUUGCACUCUCCUUUCUGGGCCUCCUUCAUCGAUGCCUUCCAUUUCUUCGGGUUCUUCGGAAUCUCCCGACGAAGCCCUCAUGCGCGCACGAAUAUUCUGGUACGCCCACAUGCAAGAAGGCAUAACGACUGGAAUGAGAGGUGGUCGUCUUGUAUUAAGCGAAGACGAUUUGGAUGUAUUCCAGAGCACGGUACCGCCAUUCCAAACAACCUCUCCCCAUGGCCUAAGGGGAGUAGCUUAUGCGUCAGGAGUUGGCCUACCUUCUCCGAACUCUCCCACUUUUCCAUCUGGCAUGUCAUCAAACUCUCUUCGAGGCGGCUCGCCACACUCAGGUGCACACCCCUACCUCUCAGUGACGCAUCUAUUUUCGAUUCCUCUGCACUUAAGCUCAGUUUGCCGUAAGAUUCAUGCAGUUCUUACUGGUGCAAAGGCGUCCCGUACGGCAGAGUUAGGUGGAGGAGUCGACGCCGAAGGGAUGCGGGAGGUCUGGGAAGGCCUCGAUAGUUGCUGGGAUGAAUUCGAAGCCCUCCGACGAGGAAUUAGCACCAGUGCUGGAGGUUCCAUGCUCGGGGAUGUGGACAUUCGGACUGAGAGGUUUGUCAGCUGCUGGCAGAUAUUCAUAUUCGAGUGUCACAAUGUCAUUCGUGAAUCGCUCAAACAAUAUGGAUCUUCUCCCAAUACACCGGCCAACCGUUCCCCCGCCCGUUCUCCUUCACCAUUUGUGUCACCACGUCAACUUCACGAUAUCGCUUCAAGGAAAUGUUUCCGGCUCCUUCCUUGCGUUCUGAGCAUCAUUAAGCAUCACCUCACUCUCACUUACGAGAGUGUCGAUCCUACAGGCUUGUUCAAAUGGGACACUGGGCUUGUCCGCGAUGGAUGCUUUUUCGCGGCGUUCUUGUCUGCUAGUCGCUCAAGUAAUAGCUUUGGAAGUGGUGGUGGAGUGGACAUCGUCCGACCAGGGCUUUUACCGAUCCUUGAUGCAGAUGAGGGAACGCGGAUAUGUCUUGCGGCAAUUGCGGAAAUGCAAUGGGCUUUUUCCAAAUCUGAAGAGCGCGAAGAGGCAAUUCGUAUAAUUUGGGAGGACAACAAACUGAAGAAACAACGGCAGGACCAGCAACAUUUUAAUGCAGUGGUUGGACAUCACAAUAUUCCUUCGCUUCCUGAGCUAGAGCUUAGAUACCAGCCACAUCAUCAACAGAUCUCAUCGUCUUAUAUGAUUCAUGGGCAACAGAACGGGCUGUCUCCUUUGUCAUUGACGUCGCCGACACAUAGCGCUCCCAACUCUGCUCCUGUCACUGCCUGCACUGCUGACGGUAGCGGAGCCAACGGAUGGCCGUCGUAUACACCGCCUGGUACCUCAUCUUCAAGCAAUGGGACUCCACUCAGCACCCAAGGAUCUCCAGUGUUUACCACCAAUAUAACAACUAUCCCCAACUCAUAUAAAAAUGACGACAACUUUUAUCAUGUCGUUGGCGUCAGUGACAUGGAUCAUUUCAGCUUCAAUGCUCCCGCUACACCCGUCGAUCCGACCUCGAUGAUGACCGCAUAUCAGAGGAACACUACUCACGUGUCUGGCAAUAACGGCGUUGUACACAAUGGAUCAGGUUAUCUGGAAUAUGCUGGGGGUACAUCUGCAACCCCCGUCCUUGGACAUGCUGAGUCUGAUGGAUGCCCUGCUCAUUUUGUUGAAGACGUUCACGGGUUUUAUCAUUGA